GUCUGUCUGUCUGUAGGUAUCUAUUUAUAUUCCGCUUAGUAUUCGUAUUGUAUUACUCGUUAAAUUCGUUUCGAAAUUUUAAGCUUAUUAGAUUGCAUGAAAAUCAUUUUUUUUCAUUAUGGACCCAGAUUCAGUUUUUAUUGAAUGUGCUACUUUAGCCUUUGACGUAUGUCUUUUUAGUCUGUUCUACAAACUGUAUAAAACUAGAGAAAUAUGUCUAAAGUCCUUAAAGGAAGCUGAAAGUUUUGAAAUUAACUCUGAGUUACCCGAAAAAGUAAAAAGUAGUGGCGGAGUUGUCCCGUACGCUGUUAUUUCGGGAAACGUGAAAGCUCUUGCAACAUCUCUAACAAGUCAAUAUUUUCCAUCAGUGCAUGGAGUUAUACGAGAAAAAAUAAUUAAAGAACGCAAAGUGAAAUGGAGUCCAAUGCUGAGAAUGUGGAGUGCCCAUGAUAAUAACAUUCAGCAUUCUGUGAGCAGUGUGCCAUUUGCUGUGUGUGUAGGAACCAAUAGUUUGUUUAAGAAGCAAAUAUGUGUAGAAAUAGUGGACCCAUUUGUGGCUGAAGAACUGAUAUUACCUACAAUUUAUGAUGAAUUUACCAUGCAUGAAGAUACUAUUGGUGAAGCAGUGUUUAGUUUUUUUCGUGGAGAAAGAACAGUUGGUAUUCAAGAAAUUGAAAAUAUGUUAAUGGAAGAUUCCACUUUGACUGCAGUUGGCAAAUUAAUUGUUGACAAAGGUAAAGUAAAAAUAAUGCCUCCUGAUCCAGGUCUGAAUUAUUUUGUGACUCCGAUGACUCUGGACUCUCUAAUUAAAAAAGUAAGUGAUUCAGCUAGAUUUCACAAAAUUAUUUGCAUUAUUACAGGUGCGAUAGGUUUAUGUUUGUUUGCUUAUAUUGCAAAAAGAGGCUAUACAGGAAUUAAAGAACGAAUAAAUCGAGCAAAACGUUUGAAAGAGAUUGAAGAAGCGAGGCGGCUGCGAAUGAUCGCAGACAGCACCCGUAAAUUGCAAGCUAGUGAUAAUAAUUGUUCUAGAUGUAUUGUGUGCAUGGAAAAUCCUGUAGAAAUUUUAAUUACUGAAUGUGGUCAUGCAUGCUUGUGCUUAAACUGUUCUCAGGAAAUUCGGGACUUAUGUCCAGUUUGUAGGUCUAAAAUUAUCUCAUUUGUACAAGUAUUUUUACCAUGAAAUCUGUAAUAAUCUUGAACGAUGAUCUUAAAUGAUUUAUAAAACUGGAAAGAAUUUUAUCGUUUAUUUAGAUUCUGAAGUUCAUGUAACUUUUAGUGUUGGACUUACAGUUAUUAGGCAAGAAGAACAGUAAUAUAUGUUGCUGUAUAAUCUUUAAAAGUGCAAAUGAGUUAAAGACUUAUCUGAACCCUUCCCUCUCAAUUGCCUUGCAGGAAAGAGGAAUGACAUGGGGCUGUUGCAAUGAAAAGUUUGAACUAAAUGAUUUACAGCAUCGUAAGCGUGUACAUGAAGCCAAAGUAUGAAGUAAUUAAAAGCAGUUCAGUUUUAAAUGAGGUAACCCUAUAAGAACAGCAUGCCACCCGAUGAAAAUCCGUUCACUGAAAUUCCGAGAAAAAUGUGCUCAAUUUGUCUUCCCAUCUUAGGGUAUAAUUAAUAUCACAUGUGUGGUUUACUUUCCCAGCAGUACUAUUGAAGUAUUCUCUACAAAACCAAAGAACUCCAGAAAAAUAUGCCGAAUACUAAAUUAUGUUCAGGGAGUAAGUAGUAAAGACAAGUUUUAAUUUCACAAAUUUUUGCAUACAAAGCUAUGGAACAUUUUAAAUAAUGUAAUUUCCCACUUGUGUUUCACUAUGUCAACAAAAGUAAAAAUAUUGAGGAAGUGCUAGUAAAAAUGAUAUUUUAUGGCUUCUCCGAUAGCUUUUUUCUCCAAUGCAAGGAACGAUUUUUUUUUUACAGAAAAGACCCAUGAACACAAAAUCCACCAAAGUGGAGCUGGACCUUUCUUGCUGCAAGCCCUUCAAUUCUAAAAUGUUUUCUAACUCAGGACUGUGAUCUACUAAGUGUGCAAGUCAUUCAGGAAUGCUUCUAACUUCUGGAAUUUUGUAUGUAAAAAUAUAAAACUUUUUAUUUAAUUAAUUAAAAUGAGUAUUUUAUUAAUUGGAAA